GCCUGACCCGACAAGAAAAUGGGCUUUUGGUGUCCAAUUGGGCUCCUCUUAUUUACCUGAUAAUGAACUUGGCCACGUCUACUCUCCUUCCGGGCGCCGACGUGACCAACGCCGAUAGUCGACGGUUCAUCUCGAAGUUCUGUCAUCCGUCUCAAUUUCAGUUGAGAUUCUGAUCAAUGGCAGCUUAUGGCUGUUCCCAGCCUGUCUACGAUCCUUACAGCCCCUUACAGCAAUCGCUGCCGUUACCCAUGGCGGCUUUCGAUCGGAACGGGAUCAAUACGCUAUUCGUCUCCGGCUUGCCGGAGGAUGUUAAAGCUCGCGAGAUUCACAAUCUCUUCCGCCGCCGCCCAGGCUUCGACUUUUGCCAGCUCAAGUACACCGGCCGCGGCAAUCAGGGCGUAUCUUAUUACUUACUUUUCUUUUCAACAGGUAGUUGCAUUUGCUACCUUCUUCAACCAUCAGGCAGCAAUGGCUGCAAUGCACACUCUCUGAAUGGAGUGAAAUUUGACCCACAAACGGGAUCCACAUUGCAUAUUGAACUGGCUAGAUCAAACUCGAGAAGAAAACAUAAACCAGGCAAUGGAGUGUAUGUUGUUAUUGAUGAACGAACGAAACAAGGGAACGCCCAGGAAAAUUCUAGUGAUGAUGGUGACAGUAGUGAUUCGGAUGAAGCUCGAGAACGUGGAAAUGUGGAUUAUGUUGAGGAGGCAGCCGGUGAUCCUGAGAGUACUGCAAAUGUAAGUGACAUUAACUACUUCCAUCCUAAGCUAUACAGGUUGUUUCACCAAGAUUUCGAGUGGAUGUAUUUGCCUCAAGUAGAAUACGAACAGGGAUAG